AUGGCAUCGAUAUUUCGUCACGGAGUUCGUAAACAUUCGUGGACAGAAGGUCGUAAUAGAAAAGCAGGAAAAUUGGAAUGUCCUAAUACGUCAAGUGAUGCUAAACCAGUUAAAGGUACAAAUGGUGGUGCAAGAAAUAAACAACAUGGAGCACAUGUCAAUGCAGAAUCAUUACCAGGUGGUCAAGAAUAUCUAUCACUUACUGAUCCAUCAGUUAUCGAUAUACAUAGAACAAAUGACUCUGUUCCACAUGGUCGUACUCCUUUACAUAUAGUAUGUACACGUGAAGCAACAGAAGAUACAUUAUCUCUAGUUCGUCUA